AUGAAUACUGUUGCUCCCCAAAUCAACAUUGUUAACUAUACCCGUGUUCUGAUUGUACCACAGAUGGAUCUCAUAAGUGACGAGAUGUUUUUCAUGAUUAUGUUUAUUAACAUGGGCAUCAUUUGCCAGACUAUCUCUCUGUUGGGAACAAUUGCUAACAUAAUUAACAUAACGAUCUUCAUCAAACAGGGACUGUCAGACGCCACCAAUAUCUGUUUGCUGGCACUGGCUGUAUCCGACUUAUGUUCGCUCAUCACUAUCAUGUGGACAAACGUCUGUUACACACCUUCUUUCAAAGACUCCAAUGUUUUCUUGAUUUCCUAUGAAGUUCAGCUUAUUACGGGUAUCUGGCCGCACAUAAUAUUUACUCGCACAACUGGGUGGAUUACUGCAUUUAUCUGUCUUCAGAGAUGUGUCUGCGUUAUUCUUCCUCUGAAAGUCAGAAACAUAUUUACAACAAGACGACAUAUAUUAUUUAUGGUGACCAUAUAUGUAAUUACAUUAGGCUUAUCUGCAUUUGCCUAUUUUUCUUUAGGUAUUGGAUGGAAGUUUGACCUAGCAAGAAAUCAAACAUUAGUCGGUCUGAUUUAUUAUAUGGAUCCAGCCAGAAGGAAGAUUGUGGAUCAAAUAUCGUAUGGAAUCAAUGGCGUUUUUAUACCUAUAACCGCCUUCUUAUUAGUGGUGAUAUGUACGGUUAUACUAGUAAUUAAACUGAAUCAGCAAGCAGCUUGGAGAACCGCAAGUUCUUCAGUUAAUCACCAGACAAAGGACAGCUCCAGUAAUGAAUCGAACAUGUCUGCCAGAGACAAACGGGUUUCUAAAAUGAUCAUCCUUAUCAGUUCUAUGUUUAUUACGUGUUUUAUUCCUGCUGUCUGUGCGUUUAUUGGAGGUUGUAUUGAACCUGAACUAACUUAUGAUGGAGGGUAUAAGAAUUUAUUUUUAGCGACACUUUCUGUGUCAUUUAUAACUGAAGCCAUAAACUCCAGCAGCAACAUAUUCAUUUAUUUUUCAGUGAGCACAAAAUACAGGAAUACAUUUCGUGACAUUUUCAAAUUAAAUAAGUCAGUAUGA